CGUUCCGUGUCACAAAUUGUACCGACCCCGAGAGCAAUCUCUUUGAGAAUUUCCCCUCGUCCGUGACAUCCAGAGAUGUCAUAACACACGCUCGCGUUAUUUUCCCCAAAAAUUAAUCAACGAAAGUGUCCGGGCGAUCGUAAUUACCCGAAGCCAACCAGUGGAAUGUGUAUACAGUUGUGGCAAAGUGAAUGUGUGCACACUGUAGCAACACUAUGCGUAGUAUAUAUCAAUUGUAACAUUCCGUAGAGCCGUAGAACGCUGUCCCGGAGUCGGGCGGUCUCAGGUCUCAGUCGGUGACUCGAUUGGCCUCGGACAACUCGGUGCUACUCCCACAGUGAAACUCGAAUUUUUCCAAAGACAUUAAUUUUCCCACGCCACUCCAAACUCCAAGUCCUCCACACGUCACUGUCUGAAAAAAAAUCGGUAAAGUCCAAAUAAAUUUCCCUCGAUAUUUGCACUACCCCGAAUUUACCAAAAAAAACCAACACGCAAAAGUCCAAAGGGAGAGUUGUGUCUCAUAAUCUCAUAUUCUGGUCCGGAGGAGAUCAAAUAUAGCGGAUGAUUAUCAUCUCUGGCACGAGAAAUCGCCUUCAAUACAUCGAAAGAAAAAAAAACAUGAGACGAGAGCAGUAGCGAUCACGAGUGGCUAGAAGUGAAGUGAUAGAUUAGUCUCAAAUAAUAGGUGAGGGGGGAAAAAAUGAAAGCCGUGGAACAACAACCCAAUUCCAUGGACUCGAGUGAUUCCGUGACGGCUGGUAGUGAAUACGCAUACCGUCCCCUUACAACGAAACACAGACGUGCCGGAAGUACUGGUACUACAGGCGAUGAGGAGUACACAACUGAUGAGGAUGAGCUCUAUCCAGACGAGGCUGACUGCACUGGUAUUGCUCAUCACCAACCAAAUCCUAUUUUGAAGUCUGAUCUUGCGCGAGCUGCCACGGAUUUAUUCGGUUACUCCAGUAAAGGGGAGGAUAAUGAGGAGCCCACUAGCUUAUUUGAUGAAGAUGACAGCAACACUCGGCCUCACAGUUCCCAGAACGGUUCCUCCGCUCAUUUCAUGUACAACGAGAAAGAAUUCUGCCACAAGAGCGCUUACAAUCCCACGGGAGACGAAAAAUCUGAGACUCAUCACCUGGAGGACGUGAAGAACGAGGGAAAAGUUCUGGAGUUCCAGAUGAAUCGACCGGUAUCUCUAACUCUAGCCCCUGAGGCCUCAAACAAAUCGUCUCUCACCCCAGCGGAACGCAAUUGGGAGAAAACCGUUGCCGAAGUGAAAGAGCACGCCAUAACAAAACUUCAGGAUGAGCUUAAGAAAGCUCAUGAGGAGCUCAAGCUCAAGGACGAAGAGGUCACGAGACUCCUGCGAUUCCGUCAGGACGUGGAGACAGAACUCGAGGAAUUGACAGCGAGUCUCUUCCAGGAGGCCCAUAAUAUGGUGAGAGAAGCGAAUACACGUCAGGCAACAGCUGAAAAACUCCUGGAGGAGAGUCGUAUGAAGGUGGAGGUGCUGGCAGCUGAGGUGGUGGCACUCAAGACUCUAGUUCUGACCUCGACCCCAGCCCAACCCAAUCCUCACCUUCAUCCGCAGAUUGACAGAUCCGCUGUCAGAUGUAAAUCCACGAGUUCUGCGGAUGAGACUGGGGGCGGAGGAAUUUUUACCAAGAAACACCGGAGGUCACCCUCACACAUGAAUCUCAAGUACGGCAGGGAAAACUCCCCUCCGGAGUCACCGGUCAAGGAAAAGGGAGGAUUCGGAAAUUCUGAGGGUCAGUCCAUCGAAAACUCCGGGGGAAGGGACUUGGACUCGAAGGACAGUGUCGAUGACAAAGGAAUCGAGUGCGAGAGGAUCGGCAAGGACCUGGGGGACUUGGGAAUGGAGAUCGAUCCUCGGCUGCAGGAGGAGUUCCUCGCCUGGAAGGCCAAACCCUGUCUCAGCCAGAGUGACGCGUUCGUUGGGAGGGUUUUCAGGGAGGAUAUCGACUUGUGUCUCGAUUUUCCAAAUGCAGGACUCGGGGUCAGGGUGAGGGAUGCUGUACUCGGGGGAGUGAUUUUUAUCGAGGCCGUUGGGGAGAAGGGAAAACUCGGUCCUCAGGAUUGCGCCCUCCUCGGGGUUAUGAGACUCUGCCAGCACAGGAUGCGACUCGGUGAUCACGAGAACCAGUGGCACACCAUUUCACAGGUCUGCAGGAAUCGGAUAACCGCAGUUUGUGAUUUUCUCAAUUAUCUGCGCUACGUCGAGCGAGGUCUCGUCAAAAGUUCAGCGCAAGACGUCUAUUGGGAAAUAGCGCGAUUACGAAAGGAGAUGGUGCUUGCCCGACUGGGCCUCCCAUUGUCUUCAUAACUUCCAUAUUUUCUAGUCUCUGAAUCAACAAUUAUGAUGGGUCGACGACUCCCAUCGCUCGAAUAAUAUUUUGAAUAAUGAAACAAGCAUGAGGAAAUCCCGUAGAAAGCGCUAGAUUUUUCUACUGAAUUCUCUCAUACGUGCAAUUUUAAUGUAGUACCCAUCAAGAUCUGAUACGUUCAUGUAUAAAAAUAACAUUAACUAAUUUUAGGCUGUGAAUAAAUGAAGAAUGACAAAUUUGAGAUUAUGAAUGUAAACUAUAUACAUAGUGAUUAAAUGACGCGUUAUUGUAGAGUAUCUCAUAUUAUUUUAUUGAAAAUUGUCAUUUAUCAUUGUUUCAAUUGAAAAUCUUUAUCAAGGCGAGAACAGAAUUUUUCUCAAUAAUCACAAAUGCACCUGUUCAAUCACUUUGUCAAUUAAUUCAGCCUGUAAACACUUUAAUUCUCAACUAUUCUAUUGUCUUCCAUACUCGAUAAUAAACAAACAGCUCAGUAGUUCCUCCACACAGUCAUGACCACUUCCACGAAUUCCUCCGAUGAUCGAGUCAUUCUAUUAAAUAUUCAACAUUAAACCGCAUAUUUCCCAAAUUUUCGCCUGUACCUUUUCUGUAUUUAAUUCAAUUGCCCAUUACACAACACGAAUAAAAAAAUUUAUUGACGUUUUUAUUAUCGAAAAUUCAAUGGAAUUCAUGAUUUCCCAGACAUACGAAUCGACAUCGAAAUAAGUAAUUAUUCUUUAUUUAUGAUUAAACGAUGAUAAUCAAGUUGUAAGUGCAAUGUACCAUGAACAAUCCCCAAAACAAAGAAUCAGCGAUUAUUUUUGUAUUCUCAAAUGUACAGUGAAAAAUAAAUAUCUAAGAUCAUUCAA